AUGGAAAAAGAAGAGCCCGUAUCACCAGGCAGUCCCCCCAAGUUCAGGCCCAUCGUGGUCACCAACGGGAAGAGCGAUGGGAAUCCCCUUUCGCCGGGUCGCGAGUCCCUCAAGAAGUGGCUGGGUCGAAAAAUGAGAGUGGUACUGCAAAAUAAGCUCGUGCUGAUCGGCAUCUUCAGCUGCACAGAUCACGACGAGAAUCUGGUGCUCUACAAUUGUGGCACCUUCGAGCCGGAGAACGAGAAACCUAUAGCCGUGGGGAAAGUCAUAGUGCCAGGUCACCAAAUAUCAACGGUGUCCAUCGAUAUGCAACCGGACGAGGCAGAGCCAUUAGAACAAUUGGAGGAAUUAUAA